AUGACUCAAUCAAACAUCCUUUCCCCACCCAUGACCCCUAAACGCAAAGUAGAAGCUUGGUUUUGCAAUCCAGUUGACAGGAAAGACUUUAUACGCCCAGAUUCUGUUCCUGACUCACCCCCUUCGUCUACACUAUCGGCAUUCAAUCUACAAACGUGUGAAUUACGAAAAGAUGGCCAGAGCCGAGACGGCUUGGACGCAUAUAUUGUGCAACCUCUUUUACGAGCUUCUUAUGCCAUCCACCCGCGGCAAUCUCCACCAUUAUGCCGUCAAAAGCGCAAGCCCAAGUGCUCACUCCCUACAACAACUCAAGGAUCGUUCACGAUACCCAUUGCGUACCUUUUGAAGCAGAAAAUGUCCCCUACAACGCCAUAUAAUAAGGUUGUGUUUCAAGAUCAGACACGUAAACGAAAGAAUAGAAACAUGCCUUGUACUACAAAGAGAAAAUUGCUACGCUUGGCGGCAUCAGAUAUCAGCAGUAGUAAAAGCGUGGCAAAGUCAAGGAACCGUGAACCCAAGGCUGUGUAUCACGCCACAUCAUCAUCUUUGACUGAUGGGAACGUGUCCGGUGACUUGCUAAGUCGAGUCUGUGAUCAAAACCUACUUCAAGAGAAUGACCAGGAUGAUAUGGAAAAUGAAGAUGUUCAGACGGGAGCUAUUAAUAGCAACAAAGCCAAGAGAGAUGCAGCUUAUUUCUUUGAUCAGGUUGCUGCUGACAGUGAUAUUGCUACUAUUUUUAAAGGCAAGGAAGACUGGAUUCCAAAAGUAGAUGCGCUUGAGAACCGGGCUGGAAUUCGUGUUGCCUGGAAAGGCUCACCUCUGAGGAUCCAAUCAAUGCCUUAUUUUGAAAAACUUCAUCCUGGCGAGGUACCCAUUGCAUCUGGUCUUCGAUUGACACCUGAACAAUAUUUAAGAUGUAAAUAUGCUUUAAUUUUAGCUGCACAUAAGGCAUCACAAGACAAUUCGUUGUUUAGAAGAUCAGAAGCACAAAAGGCUUGCUGUAUUGAUGUAAACAAGGCGAGUGUUCUCUGGAAGGUGUUUGGUAAACUAGGUUGGCUGGGUUCAAAGUGGCCAAACUAA